AUGUCAGGCGUGAACGAAGACUAUAACGCCAUCUCAUCAGUCUACUCUCAAAUCAGCAAACUACCACUUAUGGUACUAGAACGACAACUCGUCGCACACGCCCUCAGUUCCUGCAAAGGCCAAACCAUCCUAGACCUUGGUGGCGGUAAUGGCAUUCACGCCCGCAAAGCUCUGGAACUUGGCGCAAGCAGCGUAGAUGUCGUCGAUAUAUCCUCCGGCAUGCUUAAAGAUGGGAAGACAAUCACUGCUGCGUCCGGCGUAAACCCAGCAAUGAUCCGUUGGUUCGAAGGCGAUAUCUCAUCCACACUGGCACAUCUCCCGCUCCACAAAAGCUACGAUGUGAUUUUAGUAGGCUGGACAUUCGACCAUGCUGAAACGGAAGACCAGCUUCUGGGGAUGUGGCGAAAUGUGACGACCUAUGCCGCUACUGGAGCAAAGCUAAUCAAUACACGCCUGGCCUAUAUCCCCAAGGCUGAAGAAACGGAUGGUAUAGAGAAGUAUGGCUUCCUGUACCCUGACUACAAGGAGAUUCCAGGAGGAAUAUCGUAUACCUACGAAGCAUUCACAGAUCCACCCCUGAGAUGUCCGGCCACGAGUCUAACGAACACCCUGGACUUUGAUGAGUCAAAGAGUAUAGCCCGCCAGCAUGGGUUUCGAGAUUACCAGGUGGUUGAUUCAGAGCAGAUGGAUGUGGUCAAGGAAGACCCGGCCUUCUGGCGAAGAUUCGUGGAUCAGCCGUGA